CCAGAAUCGAAAGCCAGCAAGCCAGAUCGCGGGAAGAUUUGCAAGACGUGGAUGCGUCGCUAGCUGGCUCUCUAGCUGGUUCUUGGCAAGCUUAGCCGUAGUCGUUCUUUUUGUCUGGCCGGGGCUGAUGACUUGCCUUCGGUGCCUUGUUACUUCACCACCACUGGCUUCCAUCGACUUCCUUAUUUUCACCCGCUCCACAUCCGCAGCCCCAUACUCUCCUCCUUCAAUUCCUACCAGAUCGCCUCCCUCGUGCUCCCCUCGACUGUUCCCCCCUCCCCCACCAUCCGACGACGACAACCACCACUACCACUACCACAAUCACUCCUCUACCAAUCUCCCCCCCGGCACCUGUCCUUCGCUAGCUCGUCUUGCUCUGUCUUGCCGGGCCUAGAGAGGAGACUGGAUGCCACCGCGACUCCGACGAUCCGGCACACACGAGAAGAACAGCACGCACGCCACCGGCCUCGCUCCUCCCUCCCGCCGCCUCCUCAAGCACAAGAGCAACGGCGCUCUUAACGGCAGCCAUUUGACAAAUGGGCGCACGAGGCCCUCCGUCUCUCCUUCCCACAUCGAUGCUGCUGGACUAGACAAUCUCUCUUCCAACCCAUCGACCCCCUCUCCCACGUCCGACUUGCUUGUCAAUGAUCCCACGUCAGACGCAAAAAUGGGCGCCUCUUUCUCGACCCCAGAUGGGAGGGAUCGAACCGCUUCGGCUUCGUCCGAUGACGACUUGGAUGCCCACGGUUCGAGCAGUGGGAUGUCGAGCCGCACAACGACCGCUUGUUCACCGCUGAAGAUCGACCUGAAGGCUGCCAGUGCAAGUCCCGCCUUGUCCCACCAAAAGACAGCCCUUGCCACUGCCACGACCAUCUUGAAGGCCUGCCCGCUAUGGGAUGUCAUUGCCAUCCUCAUCAUUCUCCUGCAGCUGCCGCCCACAAUCAUAUCGGUCGUCCAGUUUCUCUUUGCCUUCCUGACGUUCGUCUCGCCAACCAGUGGCACGUCCAUCGCCAACAUGCCCUCACUCAACGAGGUGCUCGCAGGCGCCAGUGGGCACCCCUCACUGCAAACAAUCGUGUUUCUGGACCUUCUCAUGCUGCUACCGUUCCUGUUUCUGUGGACGCCAGCUCAGAAUUUGUCCCUCGACCUAGCCCAGGCCGUUAUUGCCAUGUCGCUUGGCGGCGCAGCGUCUUCAAAAGGAGGCACGAGUGCGAGCGUGUUCAGUUGCAUAUUCAUUAUUGGAAUAUCGCACUUGGUGCGGUGGGACGUUGCUAGACAAUUUGGGUUCAACUUCGUCUGGACAGGCUUAGUGAAAUCGGGCCUUCGAUCCGAAAGCGAUCCGCCUACCUUGCCUCGUUACCCAGAUCGCCUUCAUGUCACCCAUGGAUGGCCGCGGAAACUGGUUGGUGUACAUAUUUUAGCGCAAGGCUUGACUCGACUUGUACGUCGGUGGUACAUUGCAAACGAAAUGUCGGCAAGCAAAAAGAUGGAUGCCGAGAACGGAUCGUUGUCGACGCUGAACACGCCUCGCACAACGACGACGUUUACCGAGACGAUUACCGAUCCUCCGAUCGGCUCCAGUACUGACGGCAGACCCCCGGGGCCGCCACCCGUACCGCGCAAGGAGGAUCUCAUGUCUAGUGUCAAACGAAAGAAGAAGCAAGCGAAUUAUGUUCGAAGCCAGCAGCCCUUUUGGGCCGCACUCGCAAACGCAAAAGUUACCUUUCUUAAGGAAUUGGAGCAUCAACAAGCAUCAUUGGAUGCCAUAGAGGCCAAUGCUAUGGACAUUGGCAACAUCGGCAACGCGAACUUCAAGAACGGAAGAGAUAGAGUUUGGAUAAAGGAGGUGGGUUCGAGCGAGAUCGCGUUCGGCGUCAGCCUGCCUAGUGUGGCGUCAGAAGACAAGAACGUGGACGAGGCCGAUUCAGACCAAUACGUCAAGCGCUUCCGCGUACGUUUGAACCAAACGGACUGGAGCUCGACGCGAGCCAGUGAAGAGGCUCUGGGUGUCGAGGUGGGCGAGGAGAAAGUAGAUGUUUGGAGCGGUAAGAUCUUCGGCCUCACGGCUUCAACGAGUUAUAUCUGUGAGUUUGUGAGGGUGGAGGAUGGUGCGACUAUAUUCACUACACACAUCACCACCCAGCCAGCACCUUCUGCUGAACAAGCUCCAACUCCAUCCGCUCAGCCUCCUUCGCUACGUCCUUUGUCGCCGACAACAACACUCCGAAACUCGAUUCAAGCCGCCGAAUCUAAACUUGAAGGAUAUCGCAAUCGACUGCGCCGAAGCAAACGUGAACAUAAGAAUAUCGUCGCCAGUCUGCAAAGGGAAGUUGACUCUUUGAACGCUCGCCUGUCGUCCAAUGGUGGUACAGAUGAACGUCUUCGUCAGAAAGUGCGCCAACUCGAGCAGAGCGUGCAGCAGGCUAAGGCAAAGGAGAUCGAAAUGCUUGAAGAGAUAGCUUCCACCAGCGAAAUCCCCGCGGAGGAGAUUCAAGAGUCCAACCGUGUCCGUGCUGAAUGGCAGAGUGAAAAGGAUCGAUGUAGUGAAGCUCAGAAAGAAUACGACGCCGUCAAGAGUGAGACCGACCGUGAAAUUGCGCAGCUGAAAUCCGAGAUUCUAGCUCUGGUUCAGAAGCGCCAGAAGUACGAGCAGCGGAAGAGCAAAUUCAUUGAGCAGCGACAGAGAUUGUUGUCAGAAGCAAAUCAGAGUCAGGAGGCUCAGUCACGCAGAUAUCAUGAACGCGAAAUCGAAGCGCGCAAUCGAGCCGAUACCGAGCGUAGGUUCCAGGAACAAACAGCCUUAUUGGAGCGCGAGUGUCAAGCAUUGUGGGCCAAGGGAGGUCAGUACGAAGCACGAGCGAGGUAUCUCGAAGAUCUUUUCAAUAUCAACUUGCAACAACAGUCGAUGCCGACCACGCCCGAAGGUCCUCUUCCUGGUACUCGCGGACUCAACCCUGGCCUUCAACACCACAAUACGUUUCCCGGCCUGCAGCCUGGCUUCCAGUUUGCUAACACGCAGGCUGGAGCUUCUGAUCCCAUGAUCCUCUCCCUUCGGAGCAGCGAUCCGUUAUACUCCCUCUAUCGCGAUGGUCGCGGUCGUUCAAGCUCUAUGCUUUCCGGCAUCAGUGGGUUCACGGAUGAUCUUGAUGAGAAUCCUUUACCGCAGCAACACUUCUCUACCUUCCACCCUAUAGGUAAUGGUGGAGCUGUCGGUGCGAGCAGCCGCAAGAACAGUGCCGGCAGUCGUGGAAGCACCAGCACCGGAAGCAACAAUAGUAGCACCAAGGAUCCAAUGUCCCCUGCUCCGAAGAGUCUCAGUCCUCUUGGCAAAGGCUACACUAGCCCACUGUCUCCGCCACCAACUGCAUUACGAUGAUUGCCUUGUCAGAGUUGCUUCAUGUAGUUAGAUAACGUAUAGGACAAAAAUGCGAUGAUUUUCCCCCUUUUACUAACA